AUGUUCGCGAAGCGGGCGCCGAAAAGACAGGACCGCAGGGGUCCGAUAUCGCAGGAAGCAGAGACGGAAGCGGCUGGAGGGGAGACCUCUUCUCGUACCGAAGUGACUGGAUCCAAGGCUGGUGGAGACGGGCGUGAAGGCAGUGUUGAGAAUUUGGUCAAAGCGGUGAAGAAACAGCGGAUGACAACCCCGGGAAAGCACUUCAUCCAGGCGGUUUCCGAAAGGCGGAAACACACGGCCGAGGAGACACUCCAUGGCUUCAAAAGUGAUCGCAAGCUUACCUUGCACAACGACAACCGAGCGACAGCAGUGUUUGAUGCGGAUACUGACAAGGCCCAUGACCACCGAGCAAUUCUCGAGAGGAAUGCUGAGAUUGGAGAAAAGAUCGAGAAAGGCGAGCUCGAAGCAGGCAUUUACCGCGGGCAGGGCGCCCACCGCGUGUAUGUGAAGAGGCGGGAGGGUGCUUUGUCGCACGCAAAAACAACCGGUCUGUAUGGCCCGGUGCGCGGCACGAACAACGUCCGCAUGACCAUGUAUGUGGACUACAACCCGGAGAUUUGCAAGGACUACAAGGAAACGGGUUACUGUGGAUUUGGCAAUACGUGCAAGUUCCUGCACGACAGAACUGAUUAUAAGGGUGGAUGGCAAAUCGAACGGGAGUGGCAACAGCUCCAGAAGAGAAAACAGGCAAGUGCACAGCUCUGCAGUGUGUCUUUUCGCAGUCAGCUGCCCGAGAAGCUCCGCCGCAUCGCAGAAGGGCUUGCAAGCAGUGACGAUGACACGGAUAAAAACAGUGAGAGCAGCGACGCGAGCGAAGAUGAAGAAGGCUUACCGUUCGCGUGUUUGAAAUGCAGGCAAAAAUGGACUGAAGAGAUGAACCCUGUGGUCACCCGCUGUGGACACUACUUUUGUGAAACAUGCGCAUACUCACACUAUAGCACGAGCAUUAAAUGUUACCAGUGUGGAAAGGAAACUCAGGGAAUCUUCAAUGCUGCCUUCGAUUUGCUCAAGAAAGUAAAGAACAUUGAAGCGGAUAGAGCUCGCAAAGCACAGCGGCGAAAGCAGCGAAGAGGCGACCACGCAGAAGCCUCAGACGACGAUGCGCAAUCCGAGGACGACGGGAAGACCAGCCAGUCUGAUACAGAAGGGGCAGAUGAUGGUCGGUCUGAUGGAAGCUCGGAGAAGGCGGAGAAUGAGAGUAGUUCUGAUGGUGAGGGUGGCCAAGCGGAAGGUGCCGAAUCGAGGAACUCAGAUGGUAGCGAGGACGAGCAAGGUGGAGACCCCGACGAUAACAAGUAG